AUUUAUUUUAAAAAAAAAAGCCGCCGCCAUGGGGGUGCAAGGGUUCCAGGAGUUCAUCGAGAAGCAUUGCGCCGGGGCCGUGGUGCCCGUGGAGCUGCAGAAGUUGGCCCGGGCCGCCCGCAACCGGGCCUCGGGGCCUAGGCACGGGCCUUACCCGGCUCCGCCGCCUCCUCCGCCGCCGCCGCCUCCUCCUCCGCCCCCUCCCCUGCCGCUGCGGCUGCUGCUCGACGCCGAGACCGGGCUGCACCGCCUGUACGGCGGCUACUUCACCGACUGGGUGAGCGGCGGCCAGUGGAACCAGAUGCUCGGCUUCCUCGCCUCCCUGUCCAAGGCGUGCGCCAGCGGCGGCGUCGAGCUGGUCGUCGCCUUCAACGGGUCCCUGGCCAAGGCCCGGCUGCCCGACUGGGUCAAGCGGCAGAACCAGGAGCGCCAGAGCGCCCAGCUCAUCGUCAACCACGUCCAGCACAAGGGCACGCCGCCGCCCAAAGUCUGGUUCCUGCCGCCGCCUUGUCUGGCUCACUGUAUCCGUCUGGCGCUGCUCCGCUUCAGGGUCAAGGUCGUCCAGAGCAUCGAGGACCACCACCAGGAGGUGAUCUCCUUCUACCGCGAGAAUGGCUUCCACGGCCUGAUCGCCUCCGACUCGGAGUACGCCCUGUGCAACGUGCAGUGCUACCUCAGCGCACACGCCCUCAAGCUGAGCUGGAACGGCAAGAGCCUCACCACCAACCAGUACCUGAUGCAAGAGGUGGCCAAGCAGCUGAACGUCAACCCUGCCCACUUCAGCAUCUUCGCCGCCCUGCUGGGUAACCACAUUCUCCCCGACGAAGAUCUGGCCGCAUUCCAUUGGAGUCUCCUGGGUCCCGACCACCCACUUGCCUCUCUGAAGGUCCGAGCCCACCAGCUGGUGCUGCCGCCCUGCGACGUGGUGAUCAAAGCCGUCGCCCUAUACGUCAGCAACGUCCCCGACAUCCGAAAUCUCGACGCCGUGGCCAAGGACGUCUUCAAACACUCUCGGUCUAGGACGGAAGACAAAAUUGAACGGUUCAAGAGGGCCGUGGAAUACUACGCAACUGCAAGCAAGCCGAGACCUCUUCCUCUCGGACCGGCACCCUUCCUCGGUUUCGGGCCUGGCCAUUUCGGGAUGCCACCUUAUGCCGCCACGCACAUGCCAUCCAUCUCUCAGCCCAAGCCUCUGUUUCCGCCGCCGAUGAUGCAGAAGCUGCCGUACCCGCCCUUCCCGCCAGGCCCGGUCUUCCCCGGCUCCCAGGGCCACCACCCGCCGCACGGCCCUCCCUUCGACCAUGGCCCCGCCAAGCACGACGGGCACCUCCAGCGGCCCUGCAAGCCCUUCGGCGACUGGUCCGUGCCCACCCAGCUCCAGCCGCCGCUGCCCCCCCCUCCUCCUCCAGCUCCACAGGCGGCGGCAGCGGCGGGCAGGAUCGCCAACCACGGCCAGGCCAAAGAACCGGCGGCGUCAUCUCUCCACAACUCGUCUUCCUCCGACGCGGACGGACAGAGCGGCAGUAAUGCAGCCAAGUGA